GGAAGUAAAAAACGUAUACAACAAAGAUGGCGUCUCUCGGCGGUGAAGCGUUGACUGUUACACACGUGGAGAAAAAGAAGAAGCAGCCUCCAGCUCGUUACUGGGAGGAUCCUCCGCAGCAAGCGGGGAACGGUGACAACAACCGGGGGACAGACGGAGAGCAGGCCGGACGACAGACGGAGCAACAGACACCGAAAGCCAAGAAGAGAAAAGAAAAUGAAGAUCGAGGAGAUGGAAACAAAUUCUUAUCAGGGAAAGCGGACCGUUUCCCCGGCCCUGCUCCUAUUCCAGAAGACCGGCUGCAGAAGUUCAAGAGGAAAGAGAAAAUGAAGAAGCCUCGCCGUCAGCAUUACAAGCUGAAGGACAUGAUCGCUCGCUCGGAAGAAAACUCCGAAAUGAGCCAGAUUCAAGCAGCUCGUCUUGACCUCCUACUCCCAGAGGAUGCUGGGUUCCUAGAAGGAGAUGAAGGCGAGGACACCUGUACGAUCUCUCAGGAGGACAUUGCAGAGUCUGUUGAUAUAACGUCAAAGACAAAGUAUUUCGACCUGAAGCUGUCUCAGUUCGGACCGUAUCGAGUGGAUUACAGCCAGACUGGACGUCAAGUGCUGCUCGGCGGGCGGCGCGGCCACAUCGCUUGCAUCGACUGGCAGUCCAAACAGCUCACGUGCGAGAUCAACGUCAUGGAGUCCGUCAACGACGUGAAGUGGCUCCACAGUGAGGCCAUGUACGCGGUGGCUCAGAAGAAGUGGCUUCACAUCUACGACUCCAAUGGAAUCGAGCUUCACUGCAUCCGCAAGUUCAACGACGUCCUCCGGAUGCAGUUCCUGCCCUACCACUUCCUGCUCGCCACAGCGAGCGCGACCAGCUUCCUGCAGUACCUGGACGUGUCCGUGGGGAAGGAGGUGGCCGCCAUCUGCACCAAGACGGGCCGGCUCGACGUGAUGUGCCAGAACCCUCAGAACGCCGUCAUCCACCUGGGCCACGCCAACGGCACGGUGACCCUCUGGACGCCCAAUCAGAAGGAGGCGCUCGUCAAGAUGCUGUGUCACCACGGCGCCGUGCGCUCCGUCGCCGUCGACAAGACGGGCACAUACAUGGUGACAUCUGGAAUGGAUAAGAAGCUGAAGGUGUUUGACAUUAGAACCUUCAAGCCCCUCAAGUCCUACUUCCUCCCCGCCGGAGCGUCCUGUUUGUCCCUGAGCCAGAGGGGGCUGCUGUCUGCGGCCACGGGGGACAUUGUUCAGGUGUACAGGGACGUGUGGAGCACCCCGGUGACUAAACCCUACAUGGCUCACAGGGUUCAAAAAACUGUGUGGGGGACCCACUUCUGUCCCUUUGAGGAUGUCCUCGGGGUGGGACACGGAGACGGCUUCACCAGCAUGCUCAUACCAGGUGCAGGAGAGCCGAACAUCGACGGCCUGGACGCGAAUCCGUUCCGCAGCGCAAAGCAGAGGCAGGAGUGGGAGGUCAAGGCGCUGCUGGAGAAGGUCCAGCCGGAGCUCAUCAGCCUCAACCCCACCGAGCUGGGGAUGGUCGACCGCGCCGCCUCCGAGAUUAAACACCAGGACCGGGUCAAAGCUCUGGGCUUUGACCCACUCGCUAAAGUGAAAUUUGUUCCCAAGUACAAGAAAAAAGGUCGCAGUUCGUCCGGCAAUAUUGAAAAGCGCAAGAGACAAGUGGGUCAUGAGGAUCAGAGGGACGAUAUCCGGAAAACUGCGGAGGACCGCGUGAAGAUUGAAAAAGAGAGGAGGCAGAAGGAGAAGAAGGAGGCGGUGUUAUCGAGCCAGAAAUCCGCUCUGGACAGAUUCAGAAAAUAGAAAAGGAGGACCCUUUGUGCCGCCUGAGAACCCCGUGACAUCCUGUGGGCGGGACCUUUUGAACUUCAUAUAACGGACACGCAUAUUUUCAGACUCAUUGCUCCACUGGGGGAACAAAACGCAGAUGUUCUGAAUGUAGUAACGAAGACUCGCUCCAGUGGGUCAGGCAGAUCGUCUGUAAUCAAUGUCGAGUGCAUCGAGCGAGCAUUUGUGUUUCUUUUUUUUUUUUUUUUUUUUUUUAAUGCCUGCAGCGCUUCCUGUUGUCACGUGUUAGUGUUAGUGUUGUUGUUUCUUUUUCCUCUACUGAUUUAAAAAAAAAAAAAUGUUUGACCUUGUCCAACGGGAGCAAUGCAGUGCUUUGGGUGGCCGGACUCGCUGGGCGUACUCGUAAAAUGUUUUAUAGAUAUAUAUAUAUUAAUGUGUUCUAAGAAUAAACAACGCCUCUUGAGUUAUUUGAUACUCCCAA